CUACCCCAUCCACUCCACGAAGCACUCGGCUGGGAAAAUCACUUCAGGAGGAAAAAGAUUGCACAAAAAGGAUAGAAAAUGCUGGGGACCCUGAUGACAAUGUUGUUCCUUAUCAGCAGAGCAGUUGGACAGUUUGAGAUCGGCGUGCACCAGCGGCAGGAGCCUCGACGCUACCAGGUGUUUCAGCCACUGCCCUGGCAGCUGCAUAACGUCAGUCGCAAUCGCAAGUCCAGUCGAGCUGACAAGAAGGACAGUGGCUCUCGUCGAAGCAGUGUUAAUAGCUCAAAGGCCAGCACAGCAAGAGGUAUGGAACGUAGAGAAGAAAAUAUCUGCAUGGACCCCAGCCCAGAGAGAGCAGCUAUAACGAUCCAGAAACAAUACAGGAGGUACCAGGAAUGCAAGAAGCAUGAAACCAGCCCAUAAGUGAUGUGAUGUGUCUUGGUGAGGUCUUUCCUGUACCAUCGAAAGUAGUGCCAAGUGCUUGGAGUUUAACAUUAGUGUUUGGUUAUUAGAUUCUAACUCCAAAACAUAAAGGUAGAUCAUUAUUCAUACUCCUGUCUGCCAUUUGUUGAUCUGUAUGUUUUCAUGAUUUUUAAAUAGGACAGAGGUCCCCAACCUUCGAGCUGCGAACCGAUACAUUGCCGCGAAGCAUG